CUUGAAUGCAAAAUUAAUACAAAAUUGACCCGAUUACAAAAUUUCUCUUUCAUUUCAACAGGCAAAGGGCAAAACCCAUUCCGACUCAACCCUGUACUCUUCCCCAAAAUCAAGCAAUCAAGCGAGAUGAAAUGGCGAAGAUUCGUAUCGUUCCCUAUACUAGCAGUUUUGAUACUAAUGGAAAUGGUCUAUUACGGUACGGUUUUCGUAUUUCUUGAUGAUUGGUUAGGGUUACAGAGCCCAGCAGGUUGGAUAAAUGCCGUGAUCUUCACUUCGUUGGCAUCGUUCACUCUUUUCUCGUUUUUCGUCUCCGUUCUCACUGAUCCUGGUGGUGUCCCAUCUGGGUAUUUCCCUGAUAUUGAGGACAAUGAUGGCUCAGAUCAAGAAUCGAGAGACGCUGAAGCACUUAAAAAGAGAUGCGACAAAUGUCCUGCAUACAAGCCUCCAAGAGCACACCAUUGUCGAGUUUGCAGAAGGUGUGUCUUGAAAAUGGAUCAUCAUUGCACAUGGAUAAACAAUUGUGUAGGACAAAGGAAUUAUAAAUCCUUUUUUCUUCUAGUGGCAUAUGGAACUAUCUCAAGUUUAUAUUCUUCGGUUAUAAUCAUUGGUUGUGGGAUUCAAAAGGAUUGGGAUUCUACACAAACAACUCACAUCAAAACCUUUUAUAUUACAUCAGGGGCAGUGAUUUCUCUCUUAAGUUUGACUCUUGGAACACUCUUGGGGUGGCAUAUAUACUUGUUGACCCACAAUAUGACCACAAUAGAGUAUUAUGAAGGGACUCGGGCAGCAUGGUUGGCUAAAAAAUCCGGGCAGAUUUAUAACCAUCCUUAUGAUGUUGGCGCAUACAGAAAUAUCACUAUGGUUUUAGGCCCAAGCAUUAUAAAAUGGCUAUGGCCAAGUUCAUUGGGCCAUGUUAAAGAGGGAACAAGCUUUCCUACAGUUCGAGAUACCUUAUAACAUCAUUUUCAGUUUCACACAUCAAUUUCACAACAAAUGAGGUAAAUAUCAAGCAUUUUGGGAGAGGAUAUUGUUUAAAUGGUUUUCUUGUAUUUAUUUUAAUUGAUACUUAGAUUAGAUCAAACAAGAUUGUUUAUUCUGAAAGCGCAA